CAGAUGAAGGACCAUGAGAACCAUUGCCCUGCUGUUAUUGAUAUCCGGGUUUCUGUUUCUUGACUGAAGCCUGUCCGGGCUUUUGUUUGACGCGUGUUUCUGCCAGAUUCCUUUUCUCCUUUCGUCCCUUUUUUCUUAUCUAUACAUCUGACUCCAUGCCAUGUAUCUACCGCGUAACCUCAUCUCUCAUCUCUACCUCCAACUCCUCCGAACACACCACCCGCUCUCUCCGCCCGUGUUGAUUCUCGUCGCGCUCGAACCCGAUGCCCUGUGUGCUUGUCGAAUUCUGACGGCUCUGCUGAAACGCGAUUAUAUUCCACAUAAGAUCCAACCCGUCGCGGGAUAUGGCGACUUGGCGCGUGCUGGGGAAGAGUUGGUCCGGCCAAUGCGGACCACCGAGGGGGGCAGCGGCGGAGUAGUCGUCUGUAUGGGUGUGGGCGGUCUGGUAGAUCUCAGUGACAUUCUAUGUCUCACGGUCGAAGGAGAAGUCGAGGACAUGGGCGGGGUAGAGGUCUGGGUGAUAGACGCGAGACGACCGUGGAAUCUGGGCAAUGUUUUUGGUGGACAAGCAUGGACUCAGCAAGCACUACAAGAUGGAGACCCGAUUACGCGACCAAAGGUCCCAGGCGUCGAGAAAGGCUGCAUUACUCAGGCGUACAGGACGGGGAGCGGUGGUAUUAUCGUGUUUGAUGACGGGGACAUCGAGGAGGACCUCAGAGCGGAGCGCGAAGCAUAUUGCGCGUUGGAGGAAAUGCCAGAGGUGGACGAGGAUGAAGAUGACGCCGCAGACUCCGACAGUGACAAUGAUACGGUCGAUAAUUCGGGAUCGGGCAAGAAGCGAAAGUCGUGGUCCGGACGCGAAGAGGACGAGGAAUCAGAUUACGAUGAGCCCCCGCGACAACGAAGACGGAGCAAUUCGAGUUCUCCUGUCCCUUCAUCUCCGAGUGCGCGUCCACGGAUUGGGCACGACUCGUCCAAUUCGUCCCGUUCUCCUUCUCCAGCUUCUGAUUCACCAUCACCAGUAGUACGGAGACAAUCCUCCGCACGAGCUUUGAGACGGAAGCUGCUCCGUAUGCGGAGAAAGUACGAGAAUGUUUUGCAUUCAUACUACUCUAUGGGGACAUCCUACUCGGAACCGAUCUCGUCUCUACUAUACUCUCUGGCAUCGGAGCUGGGUCGAGAAGACAACGACCUACUAUGGCUAGCCAUUGUGGGUGUGUCGAGUCUGGAACUGUCUGGCCGUACCAUGUCUGGAGUUGGCAUCUCCAGCGCGUCAGAAUCUGGAGGGUCAGCAGGCUGGGGCGGAGAACGAGGUGAACGCAUCCGACAGAUCCUUCGAGACGAAGUUCAUCGAUUAAACCCGCCUGAUCCUUCUGAGCGGGAUCGUGAUAUAAGAGGAGAGAUCAAUGGCGUUAUCCCAACCGCAGCCCGGUCUCCAACUGACACCUCCAUUCGUCUCUCCCCAGAGCCACGGUUCCUUCUCAUACGGCAUUGGUCCCUUUACGACAGCAUGCUCCAUAGUCCUUACCUCGCUGCGCGACUUCAUGUCUGGAGUGAACAUGGACGGAAACGACUCCACAAGCUGUUGGCCAAGAUGGGCGUCAGUCUGAGCCAGUGUCAUCAGAACUACACGCAUAUGGACAUGGAACUAAAGCGUGUAUUGCGGCAGAGGUUGCUGAAGUAUGCACCUAUGUAUGGACUCGACGGCCUAGUGCCCCCAGUGGCAUCUGGACACGUCGGGUCUCGAGAGGGUUGGGGUUUUGUCCGUAGCUGGGGGUGGAAAGCUUGUCUAUCCGCCACGGAUGUUGGUGUUAUCAUCGGUGCAAUCCUCGAGGUUGGACCACACGAGCCUUCUGCGACAUGGCAGCCGGGACAGCUUGCUCGCCACAGGGAUGAUAUCUCUGCUCAGAACUCCGAUCCGUCUAACCUACUUCCUCGGUUCUGGACCGCUUAUGAUGCGUUGUCUCUCACUUCAGACUCACCUACUCUUCUGCUAGAGGCACUUCAGCUGGCUCAGCACCUGCACCGCGCAAUUCUCCGCACAGGAACGACAUUGCUGUCAAAACAUCUUAUCCGCCAUCUGCGUGCCUUCCGUAUUGCGGUGGUCAAGGAUGGUCCAGACGUGAAGCUGUUCACCAACCCCGGUGCACUGACCAAGUUGGCUUUGUGGGUGGGAGAGGCGAUCCAAGUUCAGGAGAAAGAAAAGGGCGACAGCUUCAAGAUUGGGAAGAAGCGGGCAGUGGGGACUCCUUUGGUCCUGGCAAGUCUGGAUGAGGAUAGAGGCGUCUAUGUCGUGGUCGGUACUGGUGGAGGCGGAGGCGUGAUAGAUUUUGCUGCCAUGGCUAAACGGCAAGAAGAUCGGCGCAAGAAGAAGGAAGCCAAAGACAAGAAGAACAAAGAGAAGGAGGAACGUCGCGCAAAGCGGGCAGCUGAGCGGGCUGGGAGGGGAGAAGAUGAAGACGAUGAGCUCGAGGAAACGGAAGAAGAGGAUUCAUCAUCGUCUGAUGAUUCAGACUCCGACGGGGAAUUGGACACGAGUGCGAACAAACACCUCGUUCGGAACCGCUUCGGUAUCGCCUUCCAGGAGGUUGUCCAAGAGACAAAUGCGCGCGUACGGAUCGAUAGCUUUGAACACUGCGUCGUGGAGGUGCAGAAGGAAGACCUCGGUGGCUUUUUGGAAGCCUUGAGCUUCCGCAGCGUUGUCGGCUGAUCCAGGCCCAUAUCUCUCUCGACAGCGUAUACUUUCACUUUGUUCUAUUUUCCCUAAUGACCCCAUGACUGGCGCCCCUUUUUCUUGCGUGUUUUUCAUU